AUGGUAAAAUCUUUAUGGUGUCUAAAAGAGUUGAGCAUUUUUGGAAUGCUAUUUCAUAAGGCAGUUUGUCUUGAAUAUUUAUACAGCAAAUCCUUGGAUAAAUUAAAAUAAGCCAAACUAACUCAGCUGAUUACUAAGACAUAAUAUUUAAAUGAGAAACGCAAUCUAAGAAAAUAUUUCAUGCUAAUGUGUGUGAAGCUUUUAUUAAAAUGCAAAAAGAGCAUUAAUAUUUUGUAAUAAAUCCUAAUGAAUUAUCUACUGGUUUAGAAUUUGAAAUUAAGUGAUUUCCAAAAAGUAUGCUAUGAAAGCCAGGAAAGUUGUUAAAAUUCUGAAUUGUUAUAAACAUUUCAAAAUCAAAUUGAAAUUGAGUAUAAUUCUAUUGCAAAUUAUUUUUCGGGUAAUUUACAAAGUUUUAGCCUAUAUUAUUUCUAAUUAAUUAGCCUAUGA